AUGCCUUUUGUCCCCAUGAAAUGCCCGCCCGUACAUGUCAAAAGUCCAUCCGGCAGCACGAGUGGGACGGAAGACAGCGACUCGGAUUCGGAUUCUGGUGGAUCUGAUAAUGACGAUAUUCCAAACAUUCUUGGUGGGGUUGGCAUUACCGCCCCAGGCAACAAGCCGAGCGAGGACAAUUCUGACCCGGAUAUAGUCGCCCAAUUCCAGGACGACGACGGCGAUUCGCAAGAUCCGGAGAACGAUAGUGUCGAUGAGCCAGAUUACUUGAUCAAAAGCGACAUUGCAGAUCCAAAUGAGAUCAGCAUCGAUGUUGUGCGGGACAUGCUUUCCCAGAUGCCGGGUAAGUAUGGCAAAAACGGGGCCACGGCGGCAAUGCUUGAAAUGCAGCCCCAAAGACCAUGCAUCAUCCACACCGUUUGGAAAAGUCGCAAGAUUAUCUGGGAACGACUAGAUAACGUCGAAGCCAUCAUUAUGCAAAUUGUCGGUUCCCGAAACCCAAUAGCCUGCAGGCGCUGCGUGGCCAACAAAGGCCCUUUUGUCGGGUGUUAUUCUGUCCCAGGCAUUCACAGUGGCGGAUGUGGAUGCUGCAAGUACAACGCACAGUCGGCAAAGUGCAGUUUAUACAACGGGUCGAAGCGCCAAAGGAGGCGAAAGUCACAACGGCCAUCUAAAAAGCGAAAACACGACAACGAGGCGGCCAAAACUAAGGAUGCCGGCCCUUCACAUGCACCUGCUACGCAACCUCUAGCUAUCCAGAACAGUAAUCGAGCAUCGCUGUCCUCACCGGCGUACCUUGUACAGCCUCAACCUCAACAGCGCAUUCUUCAAGUUCCCAUUCCUGCCGAGCUGGGCUGGGAAGAUGCAAUGACGCUUCGCCGUGCGUUGCAAGAGAUGGGAGAGCAACUUGUGUUUUCUUCACACGGGAGCAAAGUGGUUCGCAAGGUCUUGCGGGAGUUCUCAGGAGCUUUGGAAGACUUUGCAAGCGAGGAGCAAGAGUGA